AUGUUUAAACUAGAUUCUUAUGCAGAAUUUGAGUACUUAGAACCCCUUGAUCUCUGUAAAGCUGCUUUUAGUUUUGUAAUAAACGAUGGACGACUGCUCGCAAACUGCCAAAUGCUGUUUCCUUACGUGAAUUUGCAGUUUGUGCAAAUUUCUAUGCUGAAAAUAGUAUCGACACCAUUGAGCAUACAAUUGACACAGAAAACUGAUAAAAAAGUAAAAUUCCAAACUGGCUAUCUGACUCUUGACCAAAAAAAGAGGGUUUUGCCGUUAUUAUGCUCUGACCCUCUAGCAUUCAGAUAUCCCCUUGUAGGUGUCUGAUCUGUUGGAGCUACUGGAGACCAUACAAAUCCAUUAGCUCAUCCAUUAGUUUAG